CCAUACUAUUAAAGGCGGGGCAACAUCAAUACUUUACUAGUUGAAAAAUAGACCCCACUGCUCUCAGAAAUGGUUUCCUCUUCCCUGAGUGUGACCGGCGGCCCGGCUCCGGUCCGGGGAGCAGCUGGAUCCUCGUUUCACUCACCGCAGCAGCAGAUGCAAAAAUCCUGGAGCAGCACCAGUGUAUUCGACGAGACGCAUUUGAGGAGUUCUUCGACCAUGGAAGGCCAGCAUACAACCAGCCGAUUUUCGGCGGGGUCCACCUUACCAAGCUUAAGCCUGAGUCCGCGAACCACCCGGAUCGCCACCUCCUUCCACACCGAUUCCACCGGGUUCCGACUGCCCACGCUGUCCUCGAUGGAGCUAACGACCACGACCGGGGGUAAAAGACGACACCAAAGGUCCAGUUCCACCCAUUCGCACUGGACCUCGGAAAACUCCGGCUUCAUAGCCGGGCUGCCGCAGUCUCGACACGGCACGAGACCCGGAAAGCGGGGAGGCGCGCAAGGGGGGUCGCCGCAAGAAGCACACCGGUUGGAAAUCGCCAGCCUGAAAAACCAGUUUGAGAAGUAUAAUUGUGUGGCUGCUAUCAGAUCUACGUAUAGAAGUUUUGCUGUUCUUGUCAACGUAAAAGCAUGGCUGCUCUGUUUUAUCCUUUUUUGAUCAGACGUUGGAUCGUGUUGCACCAGCAUCCUCACUGUAUACAUAGACAAAUAAACACGACAGCAACGUGAAAUGGAUUGCAAACACCACGGAGCGGUUGCUCGGCCACGACGACCACCAAGACCACCACGGCGGGAGCCCCGACCACAAAGGCGGCGAUGCCGGCCACGGCGCGAUCUCGAAAUCGCAGGAGUUUCUGAACCUCCGCGGUCAGUUUGGCAGCAUGCGGGAGCGGCUGGAGUACUUCCGAUUCCAUAAGGCGUUGGAACCAAAACUCGCCCCCAUGAAGGAGAACUUUCUCUGCCCCUCGCAGUAUUUGAAGGCGAAGGAGAAGUCCCCGCGGAGCAACGCCGUUCUGAAGAACACGAAGCCGGUAUUGCAAUGAAAAAUGCCCCCACCCCCGAACUUGGGAGAAUUUGUAUUGCAAACCUUUCCAAAUGAAACGUUCGCCGUCUUGCAUCUAUCAGCAUCACAGGUUUCCAAUCGUGAAUAGCAAAACUUUGUAUCGCCAGAGACUCCAGCAAGAGCGGCGCUUGUCAUGCAAGCGAUGCGAUACACGCCUAGACUCUGCAUCAGAAAGAAUCGUACUCCUUUCAUGCAUGACAAAAAAAUUUCAUUUGGAAACUUCGCAUCACAAAUUUUUGCAAUUUUAGGAGUGGGGGUCACUUUUCACUGCAAUAGCCGGACGUGAUUCUCAGCUACAAAAAGGAGAACCGGGUGACGAAAUACUUGGAGCAGGGCCAACUGUGGGAGGAAAAAAUCAAGGUGCGGACAAAGUGGAAGUUAUCCACAGUAAAAUUCCCGUACACGACGUACAAAUGCGGUUUCUGCAUGACAAAACUGGGCUUCGUCGAUCCUAGUGUAGCAUGGCAAGUGUUCUUACACUCCAAAUUGGUGAAUAAAUUUGUGAUGCAUCUUGUACAGACAUGUACGGGGAAUUUGUAUUGCAUAGAAGCGGCAGAAGCACCGGCAGUUCCGGCUGGAUACCCUGUACUCGCUGCGGAAAAAGCAAAUGCACUACCCGAUCCUAUCAAAUGCAAAUAUGUCUGGGUUCGGAAACUUGUAUUGCUGAGUUGUGAAUAGGGAAUUAUCUGUAAUGCAAAGUCAAGCAUGAGACAUAUUUGCGCUGCUUAGUGUAAGUGUUGCACUUUCCGCAUGACAGGGUCGCUUCUUCUUCUUGGACACGCACCACAAACUCUUCAGUUAUGCCAAACAAGCAUGACAAACCUUGCAUCCUUCCAGACUCAGACAUAUUUGCAGUUGAUAGAUCCUCGGCAGCACCCACUUGAUGCGCACGUUGGACGUGGACGCAUGGGAACUGCAGGGUCUCUCCCCGGACGAGUCCGCGGACGAAAUGCUGCGCCGGAUCCUGGUUGGGGUGGUGUUGUACAAAUUCACGCAGAAUUGCGACGAGAUCCUCCAGAACUCGGAGAACGAAACCUUUCUCACGCAGUUCCGGUCCACCAUGAAGGAGAAGCGGCGGCAGCGGCUGCUGGAGGAGGACCCGGACGCGCUCGGGGGGCAGGGACUGCGCUAUCAAGAUGAAAAAUCCCCCCUCGUCCGCAAACGGACAUUUGUGUAGCAUGAUUUGUUAUCACAAAUCGCGUUGUCAUGCUAGAAGGGAAGUAGAGAUGCGGACAACUCUAGAAGUACCUACUGGCAGGGCGGGAAAGCCUUGCGUCUUCAGCAUGACAGGAAGCUGCAACUACAAGCACGAAGCAGGAUAACAAGUUGCCUGAAAACGAGGCGGCAUCUGCGUCGCUUGGCCUUCUAGCAAUACAAACUACGACUUGUGUACGCGAGUCCAGCAGCACAAACUUCCUCUUCGAUAUGGGGAGGGGGGACUUUUCCUCACAAUAUGCGCCCGCCCGGAGAAUCCUCGACAGACGAGGAGAAGCACAGUGCGGCGGACCUUAUCAAAUGCAGAUAUGUAGUCUGGGUCUGGAAACUUGUGAUGCAAGGAAGGGAACCUCAGGGAGCGCACUGCAAUGCGCUGCCACGCAUGACAAGUUUUUCCUUGGUUCUGAGUUGCGUCCUGCGCAUGAGAAACUGCGUUUUUGCAUGACAGGCAAGAGGAGCAGCUCAUUGCGGCCGUGCAAUACAACAGAGCUGAGCCAUGCCAAGCUAGCAUGACAAACCUCCCAAUCUUCCAGACCCAGACAUAUUUGCAUUUGAUAGAGCUGGCGGUGCGGCAGAAGAACAAGCUGCGGUAUCUGCGGUUCAAGAUGGCGCUGCGGAUCGCCGUAUCAAAUGUAAAAAUGUCUGGGUCUGGAAAAGUGUAGACUUGUCAUGCAGAUUUUCCAUGAGCCAUGAGGUCUGGAAUGCGGGACUUAGCGUGACAGACUCUGCGAGGUCUCUGCCAUGCCUACCCUGCAUGAGAAACUCCCUUCUAAGUUGGUCAAAAGUGUACAGCUCUUGGCACUCAUGCAACACAGAUUUUUGCAUGCUUCAGAUUUACCAUGACAAGUUGCAAUCUUCCAGACCCAGACAUUUUUGCAUUUGAUACGCCGUGCGCACCUACCGGCGGAUACGGAAGGCCCGGAUUCUGUACUCCACCAUGCAGACCUUCGCGAGUAAAAUGCUGCACUGGAACACGAUCUUGGCGUUCCAGGGGUUCAACAAGAAAACCCGGUUAAUCCAGCGGUUCUGGCGCGACUGCCGGAUCGACAUCAAAGCCAAACUGAAGCUGUACCUGCAAAAGGCGAACAAAUUCGAAAUGCGGCACCACCGUCGCGUGUUCAUCGACCGGCACGGCGGCGCGGUCAGUCCCCCCAGUCAGGCGCAGCUGCGGGCACUGUUGAUUCCGGAAAAGGACCGAUUUUUGUUUAUCACCAUGGAACUGCGGGCGAGAAGGUAGUGAAAAGAAAUCAAGUAGCUUGUUGUUUUCAGCAAACAAGUUCCCUGUCGAUGUUGUAUUUAUUAACCCUGUCAUCCGGGAUGACAAUGUUCAAUUUCUAUGAUCAAUCUUCACAGUAUGGGAUGAUCCCAUACUGUGAAGAUUGAUCAUCGAAAAUUGAUUGCUCCCAACAUGGUUUCACUGUCCUGCCCCUGGGGGUUUAUUGCUUGUUUAGACUGGUGGCUGUUUUGCCAUCGCAAGCAAAGGGGAAAAAGCGACCGCGCUGGCCAUCUUACACACAGCUAGGUGAAGAGACAACAAGAAUCAGUCUAGUACUAACUUACUCGCACGACCGAAAUGUAAUCAAACUAUCGCUGGACCACAUCAUUACAAGUUCAACAGGUACCUGUCCCUGACCGGUCUGGCGGAGUACCGUCGCGAUUGGCGUGACUACGAGGAGCAGGUGGAGAAGUGGCGGCAAGCGCGGUACGCCGCGAAGCUGAUGGGCAGCGAGGUCGGGGCGAUGCCGUUUCCACCACCGUAUCCGAUCUCCUAUCCGACGGAGAAGGAAAUGCCAGACGUGGUGGAGCGGUACAUGAACAUUUUUAUGCACCGCGCGCUGAAGCGGCUCGGCGACUUUACCGAGGAGGAGAAGCCGCAGCUGUUUCUCCGCUACACGAAGGAACUCGCGGAGCGCAAGCCCGAGAUGCUCGCGGAUGACGAUGCGGGGGACGGGGUUGACGGCGUGAAUGAAGUUUCGCUGGAAACGCUGUUUCUCGUGCGUCUCCGGCUGGACGAAGCACCCGUGAUUCCGGACUUGCCCGUCGCGCCGAAUCAGGAGGUCAAGAAGGUGAAAUACAUGACACGCGGGACGGAAGCCUGGUAAAGAAUCUAAAGACGAGCUACUUAGACGCGAGAAUAAAGUUGAUUAGCAUGGGCGAUGCUGAUCCUACUGUUUGUUCUUUUUCGUAAAAUUGAGUCGCUCCCGUUUGCGUUUACUGUUCCAUAGCUUUUACUUAGUCUUAGAUCAGAAAAAAUUGCAAAGUGCUACGCUGUGUUUAGUACCUAAGUUAGUAGGAGGUGGAGAGGAGUAGGAAGCUUGCGGUUCAAGCUGCGAGAGUGGUGGAAAACGUGUAGCAGGGGGCGUAUAGUAGAAGUUCCUAGAAAUAAGAUAGUGAAAAACAAAAAUUGUAGAAUAGGAUUGUCGUUUGUACAAAAAUCACAGCACAAAGCACCUCCACCUUCCACCGAGGACUUCUAAUAUGUUGUCAUCGCCUCCCUCGCUUGUAGAAAAAGAGCACGAACUACCAGCAUCAUUGUCGAAACGAACUGAAAAGUAAAAGAAAAU